AUGGAGAGAGAAGAGCUGAUCAGGAACAAGGACCUGCUGAGCUAUGGAACCUCAGACUCUCCUCCCCCUCUGCUCUUCGAGCCAGGUGUCCUUCCAGCCUCCAGUCUCUGUCCUGGCGUGGAGCCCUCUGCACCCCCUGUGGAGCUGCUGGACGUGGGGCCUGGCACAGGUGGCAGUGGUGCAGGGGCGGAAGGCUUCUCCUCUCCAUCCCUCCCCAAACCUGCAGCAUAUCAAGCAGAAGAGAGCACCUUGCAGCUGUCUGAGGACGAAGCCAAAGAUGCCUUGGUGCAGUUUGCAGCCAGCAAAUGCUGCUACAGCACUGCCCCAGCACAGCACUUGGUGGUCCAGGGCCUGACUGCGCUCAACACAUACCGAUACCAGCUGCAGACGUUCACGGAGAGCAGGAGCACCCUGCCCGCCAGCAGGCCCUACCAGGGUGAGUUCGUGGACUCCUGGCAGAUGGGGGUGCCCCCAGCCCCCUGGGACAUAGCUGUGGAUCCUCCCCCUCCCUUUGCUGACUGCGAGGUGCACCUGCCAGUGCCCCACACCUCGGAGGUGAAGGGCUGCCCGGAGUGCUCUGCCACUGGCCGUGCCCCGUGCAGCAGCUGCAGAGGAUCUGGCAAGGUACGGCCCAGAGUGCUGCUGGGGCUGCUCCAUUGUCACUCAGGGGCAGCACGGUGGCUGUUGUAAAAGGCCUCUGAGCAAGGGCACGAUGCCACCCAGCCUCCCUUGGCAUCUCCUUUCCUACUCUGAGCUAGCAGAUGGACACAGGCUCCGUGGUGUGGGGAGAAGGCAGGAGCCCCUCCAGGGCUCUUGGUUGUUGCCUUGGCAAUCCUGCUGUGGGCAUGGGAGCUGGGAGCCCAGUGUGGGGUGGUGACAGCAGGGACCUCUGCUUCCUGAGAGCAGCAACCCAGGGAGGAGGGGGAGUCCCCAUCCCUGGGAGGCCUGGAGAAAGGUGUGGCCGUGGCACCCGGGGACACGGUUUUGGCCGUGGUGCUGACGGUCGGAGCGGGCGAGCUGAGGUCUCGCCCAGCCAAGCAGUGCGCGGCGCUGCCUCGGAAGGGCUCCUCAGAAGGAGGGGGGGAAGGAUUCAGGCAGCAGCUGAGGGCUGGAGGUGGUGGAGCUGCCCCAGACCCACACCUCUGGAUGGGUUUUGUCAGCUGGAGCUCGGCCAGGUCCCAUCUUCUGUGACCCUGGCUGCACCGCGGUGGGUCAGAGCCUCCCCCUCUGCGGUGCCCUGGCGGCGCGGCAGAGCCAUGCCGCAGCGCUGCUGCGGGAGGCGCUGUCUGCAGGGGCAGCUCCCGGCCAGGUCCUGCCGCUGUCCCUCCGCUUGGUGCGCUGGGCUGGAAAGGCAAAGCGGCAGCGGCAGCAGGCAGGCUGGAGAGGCCCCGGGACGUGCCUGCGCCUGCGGCGGGCUGCGGCGCUGGGCAGGGCGGGCAGCAG